AUGAGAAUUAGUGACAGUGACCUGAGAGCUUGCAUACUCUUGGCAUAUCCAGAAUAUGGAGAGGCAAUUUUCCCAUCACCUUUAUUUCUUGGAAUUGGACAGAUGGCAGUCACCAUAGUGAUACUAUAUGUAUCUAAGCUAAAUAAAAUUAUUCAAUUCCCUGAUUUUAACAAAAACAUCCCUGUGAAGCUCUUCCUUCUGCCUCUCCUUUAUGUUGGAAAUCACAUAAGUGGAUUGUCAAGCACCAGCAAACUAAGCUUGCCCAUGUUUACAAUUCUCAGGAAGUUUACCAUUCCACUUACAUUGUUCCUGGAAGUUUAUCAUACUCAGUACUCAUUGAACAUCGUAGUUAGUGUCUUUGCCAUCAUUCUUGGGGCUUUUAUAGCUGCUGGCUCUGAUCUUAAUUUCAAUUUGGAAGGCUACAUUUUUGUAUUCCUUAAUGAUAUCUUCACAGCAGCAAAUGGAUCCAAAGCAUCCUGCGAGGUAGCUUCUAAUAGCAGUGUGACCAGUCCGUUACCCCUUCGCACAGUGAAUUUUGCUACUGAAUUCAGCCAGUGGAGGAACAUUUUAUUUAUCAUGCAGUUUCUUCUUUCCUGUUUGCUGGGGCUGUUUUUAGAAGUGGAUCUUAAACAUCUCAUGACAUGUACCUCUUCACUCCAAAGCAUUGAUAAGGAGGUGCUCUGUAGCUAUUACAAUUCUGCCCUAACAACUACAGUGGUGGGUGCUGUGAAGAAUAUAUCCGUUGCUUACAUUGGAAUGUUAUUUGGUGGAGACUACAUUUUCUCUCCGUUAAACUUUUUAGGACUAAAUAUUUGUAUGGGAGGAGGAGUGAUGUAUACAUUUUUAAUGUUACAAGACCCAGAGCAUCCUAAACAGCAAGUGGAUGAAGAAAAUAUACCUACUGAUGCAAAGCUAGAAUCUGCUGUUGACUGA